GGUAGCUGUGGAGUAUGUGACGUCUCACGCAGGCUGCCGAUCGUUUGUGAUGCUGUGGAUUUGACGGGCUUUCAUUCAAACAUUCGUUGAGAUCCUAAUCAUAAUCUGUAUGUGGUCUCUGCUCUGAUCCGUGAUGUUUUGAUCCCUGCUGUGGAUCACAGACAGGAGCAGCUUGGUUUCCUGCCCGGCGUCUACAUCGUGGUGUCAGCCCUCCGCCCUCCUGCAGCCGAGAGGCAGCUGAGCGCUCCAUCAGGCCGCGGGGAAACCACUCUGUCUCCGGUACUCAGGGAUGAGGCGGGCCCGUGGAUGUGACAGUGCUGUGGGAUCCUGAUAAACCAGUCCAAUCAUCAUGCAGUGUUCUUGGAAGUCCAUGGUGUUGUUAGCAUUAGCCUCCAUAGCCAUCCAGUACACAGCCAUCCGCACCUUCUCCAGCAACCCCUUAAGCUUUCUGUGCUCUGUGGGCCUGGCACCUUCAGGUUUGACUGUCAACUGCAGCCCCAAAGAGUUGAUGCAGGUGGGCCAGGAGACACCCGUGGACUUGGAUCAUAGCUGUGAUAGAAGCCCCUCCCAUGCUAAUUCCUCCCCUUCUCUCUCCAAUCCUUCCUAUAAUGUCACCAAGAGAACCCACAUCCUCAUUCUGGCCACCACACGGAGCGGGUCCUCAUUUGUAGGUCAGCUGUUUAACCAGCAUCCAGAGGUCUUCUACCUGUUUGAGCCUCUGUACCAUGUCCAGUUGGCACUGCUUCCUCGGUUGGCACAGAGCCGAAACCUGGCUGAGAGGAGGGUCAUGCUGGGAGCAGCUCGAGACCUGUUAAGGUCUCUGUACCACUGUAACCUCCACAGCCUGGAAAGUUACAUACAACCCCGUCCUGCAAGGCACUCCACUGACAAGCUGUUUAGACGAGGAGCUAGCCGUUCUCUGUGCUCCCCACCUGUAUGCGAGGCUCCACUGGGCUCGAAGGAGCAGGUCCUGGUGCUAGCUGAUGAGGGGGAAUGUGUGAGAAAGUGUGGGCCACUAAAUGUGUCGGUGGCUGCUGAAGUCUGCAGAGCAAAGCGCCACGCAGCCAUCAAGACUGUUCGGAUUCCCCAAGUCAGUGACCUCAGGGCGCUCAUUGAGGAUCCAAGACUCAACCUGAAGGUUGUCCAGCUUGUUCGAGAUCCACGUGGCAUCCUGGCAUCUCGUAUUGAGACCUUUCGGGAUACUUACCGGCUGUGGCGUCUGUGGAGGGCAACUGGACGUCGACCCCACAACCUGGACCUAGGACAAAUCAACACAGUGUGUGACGAUUUCCUUCGCUCUGUGUCUGUAGGCCUGGCAAGACCCACCUGGCUCAAAGGGAGGUACAUGUUGCUGAGGUAUGAAGACUUGGCCAGGUUUCCUCUUCAAAAGACAAAGGAGCUCUAUAGCUUCCUUGGUUUGGUUCUAGACCACAAUGUGGUAGACUGGAUCAUCAACAACACUCGGGGCAGCAGUGGUCUAUCAUCCUGGCAGAAAUUCACCACAGUUCGGGAUUCUGCAGCGAAUGCUGAGAACUGGAGGGUUAAGCUAUCCUUUGAUAUGGUGGUUUACACGCAGACUGUCUGUCAACCACUUCUGGGGCUCCUUGGAUACAAGACCAUCUUCCAUCCCAGGGAACUGAGAAAUCUUUCACACUCUUUGGUGGAGGACCGGACGUUCCUCCCUUUUUUUUAAAUGAAUGACAAAUAUAGUUAACUGAGGUUUAGAAACCCAGCAAGACUUUACAGAACUGUUAUAAGGGAGAGACUGUGUAGUCACAGCUGUGGUCACUCUUGUCUGUGGUGGUGGAACAGUUAUCCCUAGAUCUAUUCACAACUAAAAGUUCAAUAAAACAAUCAGAAAUGCUCUCCUUUACAUUAGUGUUUUCUAGUGACCUGGAGAGUUCUGGCAAUCUCUUAUUGUCGACUGCCUAAUUUAUUGAUUUAUUAAUUGGUUAUCUGACUGAUUUUCUUUAUUAUUUUUCAUUUAACUGCUGAGCCAUUACCUACCUCAGUUACAGCUACCGCAUCAAAAGGCCCAAAAUACUGUUUGGAAUAUAUUGGCUUCAUUGUGGCAAAAAUAAUACAGCUAGAUAAUUUAA